AUGAAGUUCACCACAGAUGGCGAUUACGAUACUCUCGGUGGAUUCACUGGCUACAAUUAUUACGGAAAGUUAUGGUUCGGCUUCGGAAAAAAGAUUAAAAAGUUUAAAAAAUGUUCAAAGCUUCUGAAGUUCAUGAGGAGUCAUUUAACGUACGGAUUGCUUCCGACAGUGCAUUUUGGGAGAAGCACUGCUGUGAGGAUUAAACGUGAGAAGCACACAACCCUUGUAGAGGACGCCCCAGCUUUUCGGCAAGCGCAAUACGGAUCGCUCAAAGAGCUCACUAUUAGCGAAUGUUCAGCAGAACCAUGCACGUUGAGAAAGGGCCAAAGGAUAAGUCUGAAAAUGAAGUUCACCACAG